GUGCCCCGCAUGCGGGGAGUAAUUACCCCCGCAAAGUUCAACGUGCCACUGCCCAAGCCUCAGGUUCGACAGCUGGCAAAGGUGAGUUGGCGAAUGGCAGCCAAGUGCGCUCACCAACGGCAACCUGCGGCCAGACCGUCGGCCGCAGACACGGACCAACAAGGACAGGCACACGGGCAGGCACGCAUACAGACAUCCUGGCAGCCAGACAGAGAGACAUCGAAAACGACGCGAUACAUGGCAAUGGCUAUGUAGACGACAGCGGUGGCGACGGCAACUGUUACGGCGUGCGCGGUGGCUAGACAGGCCAGCCUAGGCUUUCACGUGCUGGAGCAAUGGAAAAUAGCGCGCGCAACCAGAGCGGGCAUGUGCGCUCAUACUAUCUCCCCGAAGGGAAGAGGAGGAGCGAGGAUGAGGCAGAGAGGAAGCAGAGUUAACGCCAGGAGGAGGGAGUCACGCGCGGACAUUUCUGCACGCAGUGGCACGGGCGGAACUCCGCGCGCGCAUCCGGAGCGAGGUGGCUCACGGAUCAGAAGAAACAAACAGCAAGUGGAAGAGGUAGAGGUCGAGGACACAGAAUUCGACAGGCACGGGGAGAAGGAACAACAUUCGCUGUCCAGGCGCGGCCACGUUACCGCAUCAGCGACAUCGAAGAGAAUCCGCAUCGAGUGGACAACUCCAGGAUGGGCUGGGGAUCCGCCGCAGACUCUGCAGAACGCAUGACAAGUGGAGCAUGGAAGAGGGGAGACAUGUGACAACCGCCUGCAUACAUUGAGCACAUGCCAGGUCUUCUACUAAUCGCAGAAGUUUCUAUCUAACGCAGCAUCGAGUCUCAACCACCUUCGUGAGGAGGGGUUGAGACAGGAAGGACGAGGAGCAUGAGCAUAGUGAAGAGAAUCAGGAGGUGACGAGGGUGAUGAUUGAACUACACGAAGCAUCAUGGCCGAAGUUUAGCAGACAGGCCUGUUCAAAAAAAAAACCGUAGAAGUACGGUGCCGCAGACAUCCGUCGACGCUGUGCUGGUGCCAUGAUGCCAAUCAGACUGGGCACGAACUGAGCCCUUGAACAUACUCACACGCGAUAUGAAGCAUUAUUCGAUGCCUCAGUGAAUUAUGAAACUGCUAAGAAGCUUGCUAACAAGUAAGAAAGGAGGGCUGCACGGGGCCAAGGAUCUGGGGGGAGAAGAGACUGACCACCUACACGGCACGAGCUUAAGCUUUCGACGCGUGCGCGCGGGGCGAUCCCAGGACCGUGCGGCGGCAGGCUGCGCCGAGACCUCGGAAACCCCGGAGGACCUCGCCGCACGGUCCGUCGCCGCGGUCCGAAACGGAUGCCCAUCGAGCCUCCUCCGGCCUGCGGGCCGAAUCACCUGGAGAGGAGGAGGAGGGAGGAGGAGGAGGAGGAGGAGGAGGAGGAGGAGGAGGAGGAGGAGGAAGAGGAGGAGGAGGAGGCCUCCGAUGGCCGCUCCUGGCCUCCUUCGCGGGCGGGCGCGUGCGAAGGCCGCGCCACCGCGUGCAGGCAGGAUGUACGUUUGUUAGUCAUUCCUCUGAUGAGGGUUUGGUCCUGUGCAGGCUGGGCACAGAGGCCAGCUUCAGCGAGAGGAGCACAGGCAGGAUCCCGCGCGGUGUCGUAGGUCGAGGGCCCGCACAGGAAAAAACAGCUGCAUCAAAGUGCCAGCUCCCCACGGGCACCCGGCGGAGGAAUUCGUCUCGACGCGGGAAUCCCCACGUGUGCUUAGCCUUGCCAGCACAUUCACUUCGAGCCUCUGAGCAUUUGCGAACGAGUGUGUCUGUGCACGAGCAACUCUGGGCAUGGAUGGCCACGUGUGAGUCGGUGCCGCUGCGGGAAACGUGUCGUGGUUUGCGGUGCUUCGGAGGGAAAAAAAGGGAGGGAGCGGGCCGGUCGCAGGUGGAAUCCAGGCAUCGCGCUCCGACGAUGUCAGGGCCGUGUCAUGCGCGGGCAGAGCGGCCCUCCCCCCCCCCGCACCCAACGUGACCAUCGAUGUCCGUCAACCUUCUCGGGCCCGUCGGGCCUCGGACAGAGGGCUCUCCCCUGCGCCGUGCCCACUGCGGAGAGCAGGCUGGCCCGGGCGGCCCGCGCUCUGCCGCCAGGUCGUGGUGGUUGGACACGGGGGUGGCGCAGUCACCCGCCGCCACCCAGAGCGCUCGUGCAGAGCGAAGGUCGUAGAACUCGACGGCCGCCAGCGCCCCGUACAUGUCGACGUGGGCCACCUCCCCGAAAUCUUGGAGUCUUGCUGCGUAGCCUGUCUUCGCGAAGAAGCCCAGCAGGUCGACCAAGACGAUGCGGCAGUCCUGUGGCGCUGAUUGGAAAGGUUCAGCGCGGGACGCCAUGUGCAGCAGCGCGCUUUGGGCGCACCGCACGUCGAAGUACGUCGCCAGCACGGUCCCGAGCGUGCCGCCGAUGGCGUCGAGGCGGGCGACCUCUCCAAAUUUCGAUAGGUCCUGCACGAGCUUCGCCCCCACGACCGCCCACUCGCCGACAGCGUCGGAGACGCAGACCGUGUUCGACAUGCCCGCGGUCUGGCUGCGCGCCACGUGCGGCGGCGCGUCCGAGCUGCCCGCUGCCGCCUCCGGGCGCCCCGCUCCGAGGCAGCUCGGGCCCCCCACGGGCGGAGCGGCCUCGCGAGCCCGAGCUGCGCCGCCGCCGCCGCCCACGCCCUCGCAGGUGGCCCGAGCCGUGCUGCCGCAGCUGCCCGCGCCCUCGACGGAGGCCGGAGCCAUGCUGCCGCUCGCGGCCUCCGCAAGAGCCCCGGCCGCGCCGCCGCUCCGCAGGGCCAGUCGCGCGGCGCGGGCGCGGACG